AUGCCGGUCUUCCACACAAAAACCAUCGAGAAUAUUCUCGAACCCGUCGCACAACAGGUCUCCCGACUGGUGAUUCUGCAUGAAGAAGCGAACGAUGGAAACGCAAUGCCUGAUCUUACAGGACCAGUUGGAAUGGUUUCUAGAGCCGUCGGAAACUUGAUUCAGGUUGGAUACGACACAUGUGACCAUUCUGAUGACCGUAUUCUCCAACAAGACAUGCCACCAGCCCUUCAGAGAGUAGAGGGAUCGUCGAAACUUCUUGAGGAAAGCUCUUAUUCUUUGAAGCACGACCCAUAUUCGGUGCCAGCUCGUAAGAAGUUGAUUGAUGGAGCCAGAGGAAUUCUCCAAGGAACAUCGGCCCUUCUUCUCUGUUUCGACGAAUCUGAAGUCAGAAAAAUCAUCAGAAUCUGCAGAAAGGUCAAUGACUACGUUGCUGUUUCUGAAGUUAUCGAAUCCAUGGCUGAUCUUCAGCAGUUUGUUAAAGACAUCAGUCCAGUGCUUCAUGAUGUUACCAACGAUGUUAACCUUCGUCAACAGGAGUUGACUCAUCAGGUUCAUCGUGAAAUUCUUAUCCGUUGUCUUGACUCUAUCAAGACUAUUGCUCCAGUUCUUAUUUGCUCUAUGAAGACAUCCAUUGAACUCGGAAACCCCCAUCCACGUCAAGGACAUGCUGAAGCCGUUGCCAAUAGAAACUUUAUGAGUCAACGAAUGACUGAAGAGAUGAAUGAGAUCAUUCGCGUUCUUCAAUUGACUACUUAUGAUGAAGAUGAAUGGGAUGCUGAUAAUGUAACUGUGAUGAGAAAGGCGUUGUCUGCUGCCAAGUCUCUUCUCACCGCUGCUCUUGAUUGGUUGGCUGAUCCACAAGCAAGACCAGGAGCUGUUGGAGAGAAGGCCAUCCGUCGCAUCUGUGAAUACGCCGAGAGAAUCGCUGCUCGCGCUCUUCCAGAAGACGCUCAGAGCAUCAAGAGAUCCAUUUUCGAGAUUACCUCUUUCACUGAUGAAUUGUGCAAUUUGAGAAAUAACGGACAGCACGAUCGUGAGAAUUUGGCAGCUCAGACCGCCAGAAGACUCAAGGAUCUUGUUGGAGGACAACACAGUUCUGGAUUGAUGAGUGACGCUCUCCAGAAUGCUCAAAGACACGGAGGAGCAAAUCCAGCUCAUACAGCUGCCGGAAGAUUGGAACAAGCUAUGAGAUGGCUCGACAACCCAGGACUUGAUGAUGGAGGCCUCGGUCUCCAGGCCAUCCGUCUUUUGACUGCUGAUGCUCGCAAGUUGGCUGAUCGUUUGAACCCACAAGACAGAAACCGUCUUCUUGGUCUUUGCUCUGAUAUUGAUCGAUUGGCUGCUCAACUGGCUGAUCUUGAACGUCGUGGACUCGGAAACUCACCAGAAGCCCAACAAAUCCGUAACCAAUUGAGAAACGCCCUUCGAGAUUUGGGAGACUUCAUGAGAAGAGUCCUCACCGAUCGUGUUGUGGACGACUUCGCCGACAUCACGACGCCACUCAAACAAUUCGUGGAGGCCGUUCACGCCGACCCAUACGAUCCGAACCGCGAGCAGAACUUCGUCGAUAAGUCUCAGCGUCUCACGGAUCACUCUCAAUCUAUGACCACCACCGCUCGUCUCGUUGCCUCGUGUGGACCAUCGAAGAGCAAGAAGACCGUAGAGGCUAUUCUGGAUACAGCUGAGAAGGUUGAGCAAUUGACACCACAAAUCGUUAACGCAGGACGUGUCAGACUUCAUAAUCCAGGAUCCGAGCAACACUUUGAAAAUAUUCACAAACAAUACGCCGACGCUCUUCACCGUCUCCGUUCCCACGUUGACGACGCCAUCGACACCGGAGAAUUCGUCCGUGCUUCUGAAUCAGUAAGAAACAUUCCAAUCAUUCAAAACAAUGAAAAUAUCAAAUUUCAGGCUAUGCGCCGUUAUACCAACAACUGCGAGGGAGCUAUCAACGGAGGAGAUGCCCACGGAAUGGUCAAUAACAGCUCACAGAUCGCUCGUCUUGGAAACCGUGUAUUGAUGACUGCUCAGAAUGAAGCUGAUAAUUCAGAAGAACCAUCAUUUGUGUCGAGAGUCAGAAAUGCUGCCGAUCAAUUGCAUAAUGUUUCUGAUCACUACGACUCAUCAGACGAGUAUGACAAUUAUAGUGAACAGAACUAUGAAUAUGUCUACAAAACUCGUCUGGUGCCCUUCAAUCCGCAGGUUCUUAUUACCAUCCCACCAAUGGUGAACAACGCCAAGCAGAUCGCCCAAAAUCCACAUGACCAAUACGCUGCACAGAACUGGCGUGGAACCAACGAUCAUUUGUUGAACAGUGUCAGAGCAGUCGGAGAUGCUAUUACCGGUUUACCAAUAAACAACGGAAGACAUUCCAGCUACCAAGAGAGCAUUUCCAGAGCAUCUCCAUACAAUCCACAAACUAAAUUGAAAAUAGAAAAACAAUAUUUUCAGCCACCACCAUCAUCCCAAGUGAUUCGCAGUGUCAACGCUUCUCCACCAUCAGCACCAAUCGUCCACAACAAAAUGAUCAUCCGAGAGGAUAUUCCAGCUCCACCACGUCCACCACCACCAGUUGAACUCUCUCCACCACCACGACCACCACCACCACCAGAGUAUGAUGAAGAAGAGGAGACACGUGCAUUCUGGGAGAGAUACCCACUUCCACAAGCAUCCCAUCAACCAAUGCUUGCUGCUGCCCAUAACUUGCACAAUGAGCUGAAACAAUGGAGUUCACAGGAGAACGAUAUUGUUGCUGCUGCCAAGAGAAUGGCUAUUCUUAUGGCUAGAUUAUCGCAAUUGGUCAGAGGAGAAGGUGGAACUAAGAAGGAUCUCAUCAACUGCUCAAAGGCUAUUGCUGAUUCUUCCGAGGAAGUCACCCGAUUGGCAGUUCAACUUGCCAGACUUUGUACUGAUAUUAAGAUGAGAACGGCUCUUCUCCAAGUUUCUGAAAGAAUUCCAACGAUAGCUACUCAAUUGAAGGUGUUGUCCACAGUCAAGGCUACCAUGCUCGGAUCAGCAAAUGUCAUCGGCCCAUACGGUCAACCAGUUGAGGGUAGCGAAGAAGAUGAUGAAGCUAUGCAACAGUUGGUUCAUAAUGCUCAAAACUUGAUGCAAUCUGUAAAGGAUGUCGUCCGUGCCGCCGAGGCUGCUUCCAUCAAGAUCCGCACCAACUCUGGACUCCGCCUUCGUUGGCUUCGAAAACCAAUGUGGUCCAACUUCUAA